ACGUCAGUAGUCAGUCAGCCAGCCAGUGAGAUUUCGCGAUCGUGUGAGUGAGUUGCAUUGUGUCGAUUCGUUUACUUAGACUUAACUUUGCUAUUAUUUUGUUGACAAAUUCUAUUGACAAGUGGACGUUUAUCUCAUUCUUGCCUAUAGUAGUGAAUUACAAAAGGAGAACUUGAAAGUUCUUUAAAACAGUGAGGUUAAAAUCUUGUGCGAUUAUCUGUAUUCACUCCUUUCACAAAGGAUAUAGGACGGGAGACGAAGUCAGUUGUGUUGUUUUUGCACCAGCGCAGUACCUACACAACUAUUGAACAGAACAUCCAGUACGCGAACAGCAGACGCCCUCUAACGUAAACCUGUUUAAGGUGGAGGAUAGAGGGGAAGAGUGGUAUGGGCACGCGGUGAGGCUGGCAGUAAACCACCACGAUGACGGAAGGCGAACGACAGCAGAACGCGGGUGGGACCAACGCCGCCCCGCAACACAGAAAAGGACACAGGAGACAAGAGUCAAUGUACGCCAUGACGGGACUGUAUGCAGAGUCCGGGUGCACGGAAGGUGUGGGCGACGAUGCGGCUGGCCCCAGCACGCCGCCACACCCGUCGCAUCCACCGCGGGAGUCCAUCAAAUGCCACAGCCGAAACCCCUCGGCUGGCAUAUGCGACAGAGAUCGCGACCGAGAAAAGGAAAGAGAGAAGCCUCGACAAAUAUUUCCAGAAAUAUUAGACAUUCCUCAUGACACACGAGACUGCGGGAUCUUGUCGUGGAGACCGCUUUUUAUCCAGAGAUUUUCUAGUAUUAAAGUGUUUGUAUUUUUCCUUUCGUUCCUGGUGACGCUGCAACAAGCGUUGAGCUCCGGGUACAUAAACUCUGUGAUCACGACCAUCGAGAAGAGGUUCGAAAUCCCUUCGAGUCUCUCGGGGCUCAUUGCAAGCAGUUACGAGAUCGGCAACGUUAUCACGGUCAUAUUUGUCUCUUAUCUGGGCAGCAGAAGGCACAUCCCCGUUUGGAUCGCCGUCGGCGCAGUGAUAAUGGGCAUCGGAUCGUUAGUGUUCGUCGUUCCGCACUUUAUAGCGGAAGCGAAUAAUGAAAUGCUAAACUCGAAUAAAUCGGAUGACAACAUCUGCCGGCUGCCUCGAUCACUGGAGCAAGACAUGGGCGGACUUGGACGGUUAUCUCAGGGAUUACCACCAAGCAACCUGAGACCAGAUAACUGUAUCAAGAGCACCCCGAGUACGUUCAUGCCAGUGAUGGUGUUCGUGGUAGCACAGCUACUCCUCGGAUGCGGCGGCUCUCCCCUGCUGACCCUCGGCACGACGUAUGUCGAUGACCACGUACGCCCCGAAUCCUCCAGCAUGUAUAUCGGAUGCAUGUACAGCAUGGCAGCAUUUGGACCGGUCUUGGGUUUCCUGCUCGGUGCAUACUUGCUGUCCUUCCACAUGGAUUCGUUUUCUGGUGACAUCAUAUCUAUAGACCCGGGUGACCAUCGCUGGGUGGGUAUGUGGUGGGGAGGGUUCCUGCUAUGUGGGCUGUUAUUGAUCCUGGUGGCGAUUCCGUUUUUCUCAUUUCCGAAAGUGCUAGUGAGAGAAAAGGAAAAGAUCAGAUUGGUGGAAAAAGCAGCAGCCGCUAGCGGUUCGAGUGUGACGAAACCACCCAAACCACAAACAGAAGAUACUGGAUAUGGAAAAGAUAUCAAAGAUAUACCGGUGUCAAUGUGGCGCUUGCUCAAGAACCCGGUGUACGUGGUGACAUGUCUCGGCGCGUGCAUGGAGCUCAUGAUCGUGUCGGGCUUCGUCGUCUUCCUUCCCAAGUACCUCGAGACGCAGUUCAGUCUCGGCAAAAGUCAAGCGAGCGUGUUUACUGGUUCGAUCGCGAUUCCUGGCGCUUGUAUCGGAAUCUUCAUGGGUGGAUGCUUGCUGAAACGACUCGAAUUACGGCCGAAGGGCGCGGUACAAUUCGUGCUAAUAUCAAACACGAUUUGUCUCUCCUGCUACGCUCUGCUCUUCUUCCUCGGCUGCGACAACAUCAAGAUGGCUGGAACCACCAUUCCUUACACUAAUAACAGCAAUCUGGAGCCGUUCAAAGUGAACCUGACAGCGGCGUGCAACUUCAACUGCUUGUGCACGGAGACUGACAUGGAGCCAGUCUGCGGCAACAACGGCCUGACGUACUUCUCGCCAUGCCACGCCGGGUGCGCCGCCUUCUCAUCGCGGUCCAACUUCACUAAUUGUGCUUGCGUGCACGAGAACAGCCGCGACGUGGGUGCCGCGGCCGUGGUGGGCGGCGCGUCGGCGGCGGCGCUGACGGCGGGCGGCGUGGCGCGCGAGUACAGCGAGGUGACCGUGGUGCCCGUGGCCACGGCCGGCGCCUGCAACCCGCCCUGCACCACCAUCUUCCCCUUCCUCGUGCUGCUCUUCUUCAUGACCUUCGUCGUCGCCGUCACGCAGAUGCCGCUGCUUAUGAUUGUGCUUAGGUCGGUAAGCGAGGAAGAGCGUUCGUUCGCGCUGGGCAUGCAGUUCGUGAUAUUCCGUCUGUUUGGAUACAUUCCCGCGCCGAUCCUGUUCGGGAACCUCAUCGACUCCACCUGCAUCCUGUGGAAGCAAUCCUGUAGCGGGGAGAAGGGAGGCCGCUGUCUACUCUAUGACAUCGAGCAGUUCCGAUACAGAUACGUGGGGUUAUGUGGAGGCAUAAAAAUCGUGGCGCUGGGCAUCUUCAUGGCGGACUGGUGGCUCGUGCGCCGGCGCAAGCACCUCGAGGUGGCGCCGCCGCUGGACCCGCACAAGGACAUCGCCGGCUCCAUCAUCAGCCUCGACAAACUAUUCGAGGAGCUGCCGUCGACCGACAACGCGAGCGGGUUCCGCUCGGGCGUGACCUCGGACCCGAGUUCGGCGACGACGACUCCGAUGGAACCAAUGAACCCCGACCACUCCCGCGAGUACAAGUCGACCCUACAGCGCACCGACUCGCAGUACUCGCAGGAUUCGACGCGGGGCAAGAACUCGCGCGUGCUGGUCGCGUCGCGCCACCAUCGAAACGACUCCAAGACCAUCCAGCUGGAGCCGCGCGCGCGCCAGCACGAGCCCGACGAGCCGGAGCGGCCGCGCGCCUGCCCGCGCUCCGCCUCGCGCGACCUGGCCUGCCACUCACGCAGCGGCUCGCGCGACCUGGCCAGCCACUCGCGCAGCGGCUCGCGCGACUUCAAGGUGCACUCGCGCUCCAACUCGCGCGACAUCAGCCUCGAGCAGCUGAAGCACUUCGCGCUCGACCUCACCGUGCUACCGCUCACCAAGUGCGUCGACGAGGAGAGCAAGCGGCUUAUCGACGGCGGCGGCGUGCUACGCCACCGCCGCACGAGCUCCAAGGACCUCAAGCAGCCCGAGACGAAGCACAAGCGCACGUCGUCGCACCACAUCACGAUGGAGCCGCACGAGCUCAGCCUGCAGAUGCAGAAGGGCCGCAGCGUGGACCAGCUGGCGACGGCUCCGCUCGACCCGCGCGUGUGAGCGCCGCCGCGCCCUGCGGUUGCCGCCCUUGAUGAAUCUCAUAUCGCGCGCUCGACCGACCCCAGAGGGAGGCGACGGUUGAGCGAGACGAUUUACUUAGUGAAAUUGAAUAUUCAUUUCGAAUACCAGACCUAUUAAGUUUUGAAACUAGAAAUAGAUAAAUGAAUGAGUGAUUUGAUCCAUAUCGUAAAGUAGUUGCUUUCGUAUUUCAGAAUAAAACUCGCUUAAUGCAACCUGAGACUAAUAUGCUGCAGUUGAUAGUUUAAUUUGAAAAGACUGGUGAAAAUUUAUGAGGUUGGAGUUGAUAAUGUUUCUUGUGUCGAGAUACUACUAUCUCCUCUUUCCACUUUCUUAGUUAUACUCUGUAAAACCUGGCUUAAUGUUCUUAGAUGUUAUGGUAUCAACUAAAUCUAUAGAUAAAAAAUACCUUCUCAAAAAGUCUAACGCGAACGUAGCUUGUUUAAUUGUUUCAAUUAUACAAUGUAUGUAUAUGUACUUAAGAUCAAUGCAAAAGAUAAUGUUCUGAACUUCUAAAUAAUCAGUAUGUCGGAAAACAAAAACUAAGAUAUGCUUUGCAAUUUGCUGCAGAACUAUGUCUGAGCUGCUAUCAUGGUUCAAGUCAGAGGAUGUUCAUUUUAGUAUUGGUAGUAACAUUUGUAAAUUUCAUUUUAAUGCUAUAAUAAAAAUAUCACAAAAACAUAGAUGUAGAUGUAGUUAUGUAGAUAUCACUUUGAUAGACUGAAGUGAUUUAUCACAGAACAAAGCCUAAACAUAGUGCCACAAGUAAAUAUCUACUUAUAAAUACAUAAUGUACCAUUUCUAUUCUGUGUUACAGUUGCUUAUAUAUAAUUUGCAUUUGCAUGCACAAAAUUUAUCUUUCUUGUCAGUGGCACAACACACUUAUAAACAACCAUAGUCAUAAAACAUUCCUAUAGUAAGUACUAUCAAUGUUCAAAUUUUAUUGAAAAGCACAAAUCCACUAAAUUGUAGUCACUAUAUUUACCUCUACAUCAUGGUGUGUGUAAAUAAAAGUUUUCAUGUAUUUAUUAUGAUCUCAAAUGGUAACAAACUUCUCUUUAGUGACCGGAAUGUGUGUGAUGGUUUUUAAUUAUUUUUAUUAUAUCAUGAUAUACAUGUAUUUAUUUACAAAUUUAAUUUCUGUGAUCAUCAUGUUUAUUGUCUAUCAAUAUAUUUACACAGACCAGUUGUUUAAUGUUCUGUUGUAAAGUUCAAUCUUUCUAAAUUGUUAAAUUUGUCAAUUCUUGGGCUGCUGUUUCGAAGUAAGAACUCAAUUAUUAUAAUUAUGUAUUGUAAAAAGAUUAUUUUAGUAUGAAAUGAGUAUUUUAAAGCAAUAUGUAUAUUUAUCUCAAAUUAUAAGUAAAAAGACAUAGUAGUCAUCAUUGUAAAUUUUUGUCACAUAUUGUUAAGAGAGAUGAAUAGUUUGAUAUGAAAGAGAGUGUUUUAUCUAAAAAUGCCUUAUUACAAUAGGUCUUAAGACUUGAUACUGACUUAGCUGUAUUCAAAUUAAGUUGUUAUGUCAAUCAUCAGUGAAAUGUUUGAUAAUAGCAACUCCCUAAACUAAUUUGUUGCAUUUAGUGAUUAAAUAAAUUGCAUACUUAUUUUAAA